AUGUAAUUUGCACCAGGAAGAAUGAAGGUGGAAUACUGGUGUGAUUGAACUAUCCUUAUUAUGUAUGACUGCAUCAAAUACUUGCCACUGUUUCGGAUGGCAUCUUUCUUUAUACAUGAAGUAAGUGAUCUAAUAGUAACUGUAUGUGAAGCAAUGUCAUCAAAUAUUAACUGUGAUGCCUUAUUUAAUAUUUAAUGAUCUUGCUUUAACUUGAACUUAGUGAGGCAUUAACUUCAUGCUUCCAUUCCUCCGCCAGAUAAAUAGUUGGAGCUUGCCCUGUUAAAAACCGUAGCUGGAAAAUGGACUUCCAGGUCGAGGAAGUGGUUGACGAUAAUAAAAAUGUAUUUUGUGAAUCUCCUGGAGAUGACAGUAAUGAUAGUAGUGACAAUGAUGCAGCAAUGAGCCCCACCCAUUUUCUACAUUCGUGGGAAUCAGAAAGAAAACUCAUUGAUGUUCUGAUCACACUUAGUGAGGAAGGCUAUGAAGAUGAUAAGUCGAUGGACCCGUUCGUCCCUUGUGGUGGAUGGGAUGAUGCAGUGCAUUGCUGGAGAACAGACAACCUCCAUUCCUUCAUUCCCAUGAUGAAAAAAACAAAUAAAUCAAGAAAUGACAGUCACUGUGCGGUCUGUGCAGAGAUGGUACCCAUCGUCGCAAGGAAAACUGGCCAAGAUAUUGAACAUUCUAAAUCAUUUAGUAACACAUUUGUGUAUAACGUCGAAGAGGAGGAUUUCAGCUCUAUCCCAGCGAAAACUCCAGCGAGCCAGAUGUAUACAUUCAGCUCUACAGUUUCACAGGUGCAAGCAAGUAAGGCAAGCAAAGAAAUUCAUACUGAAGACAAGACAGAAACUGAAAUUAAUCCACAUAAAGAAAAAGAGUAUGAAAUGAUCCUGGGCACCAUUCAACAGAUGCCCUUUAGAAAACAUUUCUCCCUACUUCCACCUGUAAAAAUUGUCAAUGACAGUGAAAUGUCGGCUCCGAGUGUCAAACCUGGGACAAAUUUUAGUUGGGGAACACAAAAUGGCAACCCAAAUAUGAAAAUUGUGAGUGAAGCAUUGGAGAACAGUGGCAGCAUUGCCACCAAAUACUGCCUCAGGACCCAUCAUUGCAAUAUGGCUAUGCUACAGGUCAGCGACAUAGAAAAGACUGCAAUAUCUCCUCCUAUUGGAAUUACAAGAAUCAUGAAUCAUUGGUGCUGGCGAUACCCCUUAAUGCAAGACAACCAUAAUCUGUUCAUCAAUGGUGUGCCAGCCUCCAAACUAAAGGGAUACCACAGAGUGGGCCUACAGCCUAUGAAAAUAACAAAACAUCACACAAAUAACACAAAGCAAGAUAUCCCUGGGAAAUCUGCUUUCAGUCACAGUGGUUCAACUGAUAAAAGGCAAAAAGUCACAGGGCAUAAUAUUCUCCCUAUGCUCCCACAACCAGGUCCACCACCACCUUCCAGACCUAGAAUAGCAGUCUCUGUAUUGCCCCAGAGACUUUUAUAGUCUUAAAUUUACAUCUCCUAGCUCUUCCAUUCUCCUAGGCCCCACACCUGCCGAGACCCAUUGUAUCGCCCAUCCUCUUCCCUGGACCCCAAUGCAUUACAUAGACUUUAGGGUCUGUUGUGAUGUCAUAAGAAAUCAUUAGGUUCUGGCAAGAAAUUAGCAAUAAUGACACAUAUAAUCUGAGAAAUGUUUACUGGAGAGUAGCAAGAGUGUAUUCGAGUCAGAUAGAAACUUUCUCUCUCCCUCUCCAUGUUACAAAUAUUCCUGUAAAUCAUUCUGUAUAAAUGAAUCCAAUUAUUUUAAAGACCUAGAUGAUGUUUUACUUCAAUUGUUAUACUUCACAUCAAUACUUAGUCUUAAAUUAUGAUCUUGAUAAUGCAUAUGGUUUUGUGUCACAAUUUUAUUUCAGCUUGAUAGAAACAAGAACAGAGGAAAGAAUUUUCAGAAGUUCACAAUUUUGCGUGCCUGAUACAAAUUCCUCUCAUCUCAUUAAUAAUUCAAAUUGCCCUUCCGCAGAUGCUCUGUUCCCCAAAACAGACCAGUCUUCCAUUAAGAGCUGGAAGACAACAUGAUACGCAUAGGGUGGCACAGUGGCACAACAGUAAAGUUGCUGCCUUACUGCGCCAGAGACCCAGGUUCGAUCCCGACUUUGGGUACUGGCUGUACGUAGAUUGUACGUUCUCCCUGUGACCGCAU